CUAUCUACAUAAAGUCAGAAUCGAAUCAAUUUUAAUACAUUCAACAUACAAUAUAAUAAAGUUUACUAUGAAGUGGACAUCCUUAAUUAUCUGUCUUAUUGCCCUCGUCGACGCCGGCCCAACUUUUACACACCAACAGCAACAACAGCCAUUUGGCUCCAAUAUAUUAGACCUCCAGUCCUUCAAACUCAAGACAAUCUACCAUCAUGCAUCCAUCAAUGGUCCCAUUCCUCACCUAUUCCGCAGACUGGACGUAUCGGAAUCAAUGUCAAUGUCAAUCCAAAACAACGCCUUUGAAAUGAAACCCGUCAUUGGAACAUAUAUGCGGCCCUCCCAGAAGGAUCUCGUCCCGCUUCAUAGACAAAAAGAAACCGGCCAGAGAAUGCGCAUGGAGGCCAAUGCCGAUCUGGAAUUCGAACCAAUCUUGGGUCUCCAGCCUGAUGUCACAAACCGCCAGACUGUAAUGACUCUGGCUCAAAUGACAUACAAUGCAUAUUCAGAUAUCAUUAAUGGUACAGCCGAUUGGUAUGAGCUAGAAGCACCGUGGGUAAAGAAUUCAUCUUUUGGCUGGGAAUCGGACGGUAUCCGAGGUCAUAUCUACAGUAAUGCAGAUGAGUCCUUAAUAGUUAUCAGCAUAAAGGGUACAAGUGCUGGUCUCUUUACAGGAGGACCCACUGGUGACAAAGACAAGCUAAAUGAUAACAUGUUGUUCUCCUGUUGCUGUGCCCGUGUAAGUCGAGUAUGGAGAUCGGUGUGUGAAUGCUACAAAGGAAACGAGUACAUGUGUGAGAGCUCUUGUCUGGAAGGAAAUAUCAAGAACAGUGAGCUUUAUUAUGAUAAUGCCAUGGAACUUUACAAAGAAGUUGCCAAUCAGUAUCCCGAAGCAACCAUCUGGCUGACCGGACAUUCACUCGGAGGUGCGCUUGCCAGCAUGGUAGGACAAACAUUUGGUGUACCGACCGUCACUUUUGAGAUCCCAGGAGAUUUGCUGGCGUCUAUUCGAUUACAUUUGCCACGUCUUCCAGUAGAUAUGAUGCCUCUUUGGCACUUUGGUCACACCGGAGACCCUAUUUUUGUUGGUGUUUGUACUGGCCCUGUUAGCUCAUGCUGGUACGGUGGGUUUGCCAUGGAAACACGUUGUCAUACUGGCAGAGUGUGUACUUGGGAUACAGUUAAUGACCAUGGUUGGAGGGUUGAUAUUCGAUCACACCGUGUUGGUGAUGUAAUUGAGAACAUCCUAAAGAAAUCUGAGGAAGAAUUCCCUCUUCCCCACUGCAUACCCGAGGAUCCAAAGUGUCAGGACUGCGGUUUGUGGGAAUUCUUUGACAACCGAGAUACUCCGUCUGAUCCUGCAAGCCUUCAAUCACACAAUCCUCACAGUAAUACGAAUACUUCACAGCUACAUAGAAUAGGUGGCUGUGGUGGUUCCCAUUAAUAAUUUUAUAAAUAUAAAAAUGUUACAUAACAUUAUAAUAAAGUAUAUAAACCAAUUUUAAAUUUGAUAUAUAAU